CAUGACAGUGUGUAAAAGAGAUGUUUAUAACGUUGUGGUGGUGGUUUCAGGCUGCAGGGGCUGCACAAGCCUGCGUGGGAGGAGAAAGGGGAGAAGGUGGAUGAGACCCUGAGCAUGUGUGAGAGGGAGCAAAAGAAAAUCAAGUCUGAGAGUCGGAGUCAGAUCCAGGAGGACAAGACGGUGACUGCAGUGUACUGGUGCCGAGGCCAGAAGGUGGAGAGGAAGGAAGCCAAGGAAAUAAAGUUCAUCGAGGAGCGGUGUGAGGAAAAAGCAAACGUCUUGCAAUCUGAGGAAAUCACCAGCGAUACAGGCGAGGAGGACUGUCACCUAGGAACCCCUCAGAGAUCUGGACCAGAGUGUGCUGAGCGAAGAAACUCCAGCAGAGCUCUGGGAAUACAGGAGAAAAACUCAAGGAGGCGAGAGGCAGGUCUGGCUUUGGAGAAGGAGGUAAAGGAUCAGAGGGUAAAGCCCCUGGAGAUCCCAACCUCAGAGCGAGAACAAACGCAGAUGCAGGAGACCACAGACGGCUUUUUGGCUACACUCAAGAGGAUGGAGGCGAUAGUCAGCAGCGCUUUGGAGACAGCCGAGCUGGUGCGGCAAGGUGAGCAGAGGGUGAUCCAGGUAAGGCAGAAGAUGGAAAGCAUCACUCAGAGGGUCCAGGAGGCUGUGGGCCAAGCUGCCAGUACUGACAAGAAGCUGAAAACUCUGGAGGCCUGGGUCAAUGAAAAGACUCCCACUCAGUCUUCAGAUCUGGGAGUGUCGCCUGUUAUUGAGAUGGACAGCAACAAGCCGCCUCCUGAAUGUCCAGAAGCCGCAGCGUCUCUGCAGCUGUCCGUGCACGGUGCCACAGACCGAGACAGCUGCAGCGAGUUCUGGCAAGAAGAGAAACGUUUGCUGCCGGAGUCUCCUCCUCGUCAGAAAGGGGAUCUUAACCUUAAGAGAAGCUGUGACGUCGAAAGGCCUUUUGGGUUCCGGAACACCGGCCCCUCACUCAUUAUGCCCACACUGCCCGAGGAAGACGAGGAAUCUCCAGAAGAGAUGGACAGCUCCUCCAGCUCUCCCAGAACCUCCACACCCAGUGAAGGCCGAGCUAUUGUGUUUGCAGCCCCCACGAUCAUCUACCCCCAGCAGGUCACUGCUGAACAAGUCGAUAGGCAUUCUUUGGAGCAGGCCAGACCACACAGUCCCAGAGCUAGGCUGGCCAGGAAGCCCUCUGGAGGACCCAUCACCACAGUUGACAGCACAGGGAAUGUGAUUGACCUGCUGAGAGAUCCCCUGCCUGAGCCACAGCUGUCCGAAGAGGAUCGACAGAAGAACCUCGAGCUGCUGGAGCAGGCUAAGAAGGUCAGCGAUCGCUUCCUGUCUCGCCGAGGACGCAGAUCCACCAGCAGUCUCACAGAGUCCCCCACAGUUCUUUCUCCUUGCCCAACUCCUCCAUCAUCCUCCCCAUCUUCCUCAAGGAGCAGCUCAGUAAUUGUGGCCCCUCAAACCGUUGCAGCGAGCUCAGAUACGACCCAUGUCAGCUCCCAGUCGGCCUUUCAGCAUCGUGAUGUGCCGCUGGUGAGGGAACAGUCUGAUUCAAAGAACAAGGAUCUAGAGCUGCUGGUGGAGUGGAAGCCCUCAGAGAAAAGGAAAGUGUCUUCUGGGACUCUAACGCCUCGGUUUGCCGUCCAGAAGGAGAACUCCGACCUCGCUGUGCCCAAGAGUACUUCACCACUUAGCAAAGUAGAUGAAGUUUCAGGCCGAAACCCAAACCAAGCACCUGCCACUGGGGUGGCCAAGCCUGUCCCCAGGCCCCCUACUCAGCAAGCCCCCUGCACAGCAGAGAUUAAGACAAUUGGGGCCUUUCCACCUCUGAUGAGAGCUGUUUCCUGGGACGCCGUAGGCAGCAUCAAUGCCAGAAACGGAUCCCCGAGUUUUCCUCCAACACUUGAAGAGCCGCUCUCAGAUGAGCCCCGGGAAGCUGCGUUCAAGUCCUCAGGGUACAAGGAUUUCCCCACACAGCCGGGGGGCGUGCGCAAACUGACAAAGCUCCGAGAGGAGCACAAGUUGAUGCGUAAUCAGAGUAUAGUGGGGUCAAAGUUACCAGAACUUAGUGAAGCUACAGAACAGGAAAAAGGAACUUUAUUAUCUUCAAAGUCAGGCAGCAUCGAGGAGGGGAAGGAGAAUGCCAUGCCAAAUAUUUCUGAUGUGAUGCUGAGAAAACUCAAACUCCAUCGAGGUUUGCCAGGCUGUGCCCCCCCACUUAGUGAAAAAGAAGUGGAGAACGCGUUUGUCCAGCUGUCACUGGCGUUUCGCAAUGACAACUACACUCUGGAGACGAGGCUCAAGCAGGCAGAGAGGGAGAGGAACCUCACUGAGGAAGAGACUGAGAAGGAACUAGAAGAGUUCAAAGGAGCGCUGAAGAUGACUUCACCACAAUGGCAGAACAUGGAGCAGCGGGACUCCUAUCAGCGGCUAAUAGAAACGGUGGCUGUGCUGCACCGACUGGCCACCCGGCUGUCCAGCAGAGCGGAGAUAGUCGGAGCAGUUCGACAGGAGAAACGUAUGAACAAGGCCACUGAGGUCAUGAUGCAAUAUGUGGAAAAUCUGAAGCGGAUAUAUGAGAAGGACCAUGCAGAGCUGAUGGAGUUUAAGAAGCUGGCCAAUCAGAACUCAAAUCGCUGUUAUACAGGAACCGUGGAAACUGGAGAUGAUGGGGUUCCACGCACAUCGAGAGCAAUGUCGUUGACCCUUGGAAAGGCUUUGCCCAGGCGUAGGGUGAGCGUAGCUGUCGUGCCCAAGUUUAGCCUGAUUAAUGCUCCGGGUCAGACCCCAGCCACUGCCCCAACGGCCGCUGCUCUUCCUGCCCUGUGCGAAACAAAUGAUGUGAAGAGCAGCUCCUCUCCUGAAGGAAUCCAACCAGCAGCUCCAGAGUGUGGAAAGACUUCCCCAGAGCAGGAAAGCGAGUCAGCCAAACCUUCAACAAACUUGGAGGAGAUUAGAGCGGAGAUCAGAGCCGAGAUCGCAGCAAAGAUUGAAGAGGAAGCGUACCAAAGAGGUUUAAAAGACGGACAGAAACAAAGCAAGGUGAUCUUAGAGGACAAAUGUGAGGAAGAGACUGAUGCAGAGAAGCAGCUGGAACACAAAAACAAUGAUGAAGAACUUGGAAAGAGGCAUCAUAACAUGAGGAGGAUGGAGGAGGCCGUCGCGCUCCUCGGUCGACUUUGUCCCAAGGUCUCCAUCAGCCGGCGGAUUCUGUGGAUUGCCCUGACACUGUUUGUGGUGAUGUGCGUGGUCAUCAGCAUUUUCACCUUCUUCAGCGAUUACUACAAGCGGCGCGAGGACACGUAAGAUUAGGGAAAUGUUCUGCAAGAUGUGACACAAAUCUGUGGACUGGGUCCAAGAAGAGCAACCAAAGAAGUCCACAAUUAAACUGACAGAGAUCACAGCCGUUCUCUGUGCUACACGUCUCCAUUUCUUUGCACCGGGACUCACUUGAAUGGACUGAGGUGUUGUGAUUGACCCUGCGAAGUUCAUUGUCUUCUGCAUUAAAUUAUAAUUUUGCAAAGGAUCUAAGGUCGGCAGUUUGUUAUAAUAAAUAAGAUUGUUUCUGUUUAGGGACCAAAGCUUGAGUGUUUUAAAACAUUUUUACUAACUUAGAUGCAUAGAUGAAAAAAAAGAAAUUUGUUUCUGGUACUUUGAGUAGUGAACGUUGCACUUUUUCUUACAGGCCACCAUUGAAAAAUAAGUCUAUUUAUCUAAGAUUUUACUCUCUCAGGUCAAAUUGAAUAAAAAAAAACUUGGAGAGAUUCUAAAUUAAUAUUUAAUUCUUUUUUAUACUUGUUUAAUUUCUAUAAAAUAUAUUUAAAGAUUUAAAUAUGAACACAUUCCAAAAUGGUUACUUAAGUGCAAUAUUUUGCAGUUUUUGUUUCUUUCUUGUGUCAUUGCAGAUUCAGAUCACUUUCUUGUAUGGAAGCACUUCUGUGCAUGUGGCUUCUGUUUAUCAAGCUCGAGUGCCUGUGUUGUUUUUGAAUAUAACACCCUGACACCUUUUCCUUUCAAUAAAGGAGUGCCUUUGAAUAUUUA